CGAGAUAUUGCUUUCCAUGUCACGGGGCUUAUCACUACUCUCUUGUCCUUUCUUUUUGUACAGGCGGGCGAUGCUCUUAUUCAGCUGUAUAAUCAUUUCACCUCUGAUUUCGAAACCAAGAUCAACCUUCUUAAAUUUGCUCAUUUCACGGUAGUAGUUUCACGCCAGUAUUCGGAUAAAGAUGCUGCUAUCAACUACCUAGAAGGUGUAAUUUCAAAGCUGCAUGAUACCAAGGAAUCACGGGUUGAAGAGCCCAUUCUGUAUGUGAAGAUGCAGAUUGCAAAUUAUCUUCUUGAGAAAGGGAGUCAAAAGGAGUGUAAGAAACUGCUAGACGAGGGGAAAACCACUUUGGAUAGCAUGGUCGAUGUUGACCCAUCAGUGCAUUCGACCUACUAUUGGAUAUGUUCUCAGUACUACAAAGUCUGUCAGGACUAUUCUGAAUUUUACAAAAAUGCUCUUCUCUAUCUUGCAUACACAACAGUGGAGUCACUUUCAGAACCAUUCAAACAGAACCUGGCAUUUGAUCUCUCACUAGCUGCUUUAUUGGGUGACAACAUAUACAAUUUCGGGGAGUUGCUUGCCCAUCCAAUUAUCCAUAGCCUUGUGGGAACAGCGGUGGAGUGGAUUUAUCAUAUGUUGCAAGCCUUCAACUCUGGCAAUCUAGCCGCCUAUCAGGAACUCUGCAAAGUUCACGGCGCCGCCUUGGCUGCACAGCCUGCUUUGGCACAAAAUGAGAGCAGGCUACUUGAGAAGAUCAAUAUCCUCUGCUUGAUGGAAAUCAUUUUCAGGUAA